AUGUCAAAUUAUAACAGUCGGCACUUACGUCUAGCAGCUGAGACCCUUUCCACAGACUUAAAUGGUUUGAGUCAAUUAGAGGUCAUAUUUAACGUUUACAGUAAUAGGCUAAAUUUCUCAGAUGUCAAUUACGUAAAUAAAGUACUUCCAAGAUGCCUUCAGAUACUUAAAGGAAAUUUGGGGAGUUUCUAUGAGGCCCAUGGGUCCUCAGUCUACGGAUACGAAAAAUGUGGUAAUAGAGAUGAAUGGGUUAAGUACAAGUGGAACGCAAUGCUGGAAAAAGAUUUGGUAUAUAUCACGGUAUCAGAUCGAGAUAACUCAGAAGAAAUUUGUGGCUUCAUAUCAUUUGCAUUAUCUGAUUCUUUAAGCUCCGAACCUGAGCACCGGCCGGCGCUGACUAGAUCAACUAAACCUUGCCUUUUUCUUUACGAAAUUCACUUAGAGAAAAGUUGGCAAUCACGUGGUCUAGGUUCCUUAAUAUUUAGCAAGAUUCUAGAACCCUUAGCGUCAGAAAUGAAUAGUCCAUCUCUUGAAUUGUGUGUUUUCACUAGCAAUCAGAUUGCACUAGACUGGUACAGGAAUAUGGGAUUUAAAACCUCUAUUACUUUUUCAAAGGACCUGAUAGGCAUGAGUAAAAUUAUUGCAGGUUAA